AUGGCCGACGCUGACCUCUACAACCUCGAGUUCCUGUCGCUCGUUAACAAGAUCACACAAGAAAUCAACAAUCACACUGGCUACAAUGACAAAACGCUCGCCGAAUUCGUCAUUGCGCUCCAUGACACCUCCAAGACCCUGCCGGAGUUCAAGCAGAAACUGCAGGAAGCCGGCGCCGACUUCCCUGACUCCUUCGUAGAAAACAUUGACCGUCUCAUUCUCAGCAUGCACCCGAGGCACAAGAAGAAGUCGAAAUCAAAGAAGGGGAAGGGGAAAUCGAAAGAGGCCGAUGUCAAUGGCGUGACCGAACUCGACGAGCUGGACAAGAAAAAGCGCAUGUUCCCCGGGCUUUCCAAACCUGAUCAGGAGUGGCAGCCGUCUGUUACCAAGGAUGCGUUGAUGCAAGAGGUUGAUGAUAUGAUGGCUGCCUUCGAAGGCGGUGCCAAGAAGGUUAGGGCAAGGGAGUCAGACGAAGAGAGGUCGCCGAAGAGGCAACGAAGGGAGCAUCCGACAUCUCCUCCUCGUAGGCGUAGUCCAAGCCCUCCACGUGGCCACCCGUAUGAUGAUGGAGGUCGAGGUCGGCAUUCCCAGCGCAAUCGACAACAACUCGACGAGCGCCCGGUGCUUUAUAAGAUCUACGAUGGCCGAGUGCAGGGGUUGAAGGAGUUUGGUGCCUUUGUCCAACUGGAAGGUGUUGUUGGACGCGUAGAGGGCCUCGUUCAUGUCUCCAACAUACAAACAGGCGCGCGCGCGAAUUCAGCGUCAGAUUUGCUCAGCAGAAACCAACCAGUCAAGGUCAAAGUGAUGAGCGUCGCGGGAAGCCGUGUUGGUUUAUCCAUGAAGGACGUUGAUCAAGUCACGGGCAGGGAUCUCACCCCCCACCUACGAAUCAAAUCCGAGGCAGAGUUACUUGAGGAGGAGCGGCAGCACAGUCGCCUCGCCUCAUCGGGAGCUAAUGCCAUUCCUGUGGGAGGGAGGGCAUCCAGCGGAAUAAACGAACCUGUGCGGUCAGCGAAGCGUCUUACCUCCCCCGAGCGCUGGGAGAUCAAACAGCUUAUCUCAUCCGGGGCCAUCGAUCCAUCAGAGUACCCGGAGCUGGACGAGGACUUCUCUAACACCAUGGCCCGCGCAGAGGUCGAGGAGGACAUUGACGUUGAAGUCAGGGAGGAGGAGCCGGCAUUUCUGGCUGGGCAAACGAAGCGGACACUGGAUCUCAGUCCGGUGAAGAUUGUGAAGGCGCCUGACGGCUCUUUGAAUAGAGCUGCUCUUGCUGGCGCAUCGCUUGCAAAGGAACGGCGUGAGCUGCGACAGCAAGAAGUGAACGAACAAGCGGACUCGCAAGCCCACGACUUCAGCGCACCAUGGUUGGACCCUAUGUCGAAGGAGUCAGACCGCGUCUUCGCCCAAGACCUGCGCGGCAAUCUACGAGGCCAAAAGGCGGGUACAGAGGCGUCAUGGAAGCAAGCGACCUUCAACAAAGCGACCACAUUCGGUGAAAUAACAAGCCUCAGCAUCCAAGAUCAGCGCAAGAGCCUGCCAAUUUAUAAAUUACGAGACCAGCUCAUUGAAGCCAUCAGGGCGCAUCAAGUCCUCAUCGUGGUCGGUGACACUGGCUCAGGGAAGACCACUCAAAUGGUUCAAUACCUUGCCGAAGAAGGCUUCGCAGAUCACGGGAGGAUUGGGUGCACUCAGCCUCGUCGCGUCGCCGCCAUGUCUGUCGCAAAGCGUGUCGCCGAGGAGGUCGGCUGUCGGUUGGGCCAGGAGGUCGGCUAUACGAUCCGUUUCGAAGACUGCACUAGUCCGGAGACGAAGAUCAAGUACAUGACGGAUGGUAUGCUGCAACGAGAGUGCCUCAUCGAUCCCAAUGUUAGCGCGUACAGCGUCAUCAUGUUGGAUGAGGCUCACGAACGGACGAUUGCCACCGAUGUCCUCUUUGGUUUAUUGAAGAGUGAGUUUGCGCUCCUUCAUGUCGAAUACUAUGUGCUGACCCCUCUCCCAGAGGCCAUCAAACGCCGCCCGGAUCUCAAGUUGAUCGUGACAUCUGCUACUUUGGACGCUGAGAAGUUCUCAAAAUACUUCUUCGGAUGCCCAAUCUUCACGAUUCCCGGUCGAACAUAUCCUGUCGAGAUUCUCUACACCAAGGAGCCGGAAUCUGAUUAUUUGGACGCCUCUCUCAUCACGGUUAUGCAGAUUCAUCUGUCCGAGCCGAAGGGCGACAUUCUCCUGUUCCUCACAGGUCAAGAAGAAAUUGAUACUGCGUGCGAGAUUCUGUAUGAACGCAUGAAGGCUCUGGGUCCCAAGGUUCCGGAGCUCAUCAUCCUUCCCAUUUACUCUGCCCUCCCCUCUGAGGUUCAAUCCCGGGUUUUCGAGCCAACACCAGAAGGAGCGCGUAAAGUCGUCAUUGCAACUAACGUUGCCGAAACGAGCUUAACGAUCCCGGGCAUCUACUACGUUAUCGAUCCUGGGUUCUCCAAGCAGAACGCGUACGACCCGCGCUUGGGUAUGGAUUCGCUCGUGGUCAUGCCAAUCUCUCAGGCGCAAGCUCGACAGCGAGCGGGACGUGCUGGUCGCACCGGUCCGGGAAAGUGUUACCGCUUGUAUACAGAAGCCGCUUUCCGGAACGAGAUGUUACCGAAUUCCAUCCCAGACAUACAGCGAACCAAUCUGGCACAUACAAUCCUCAUGCUCAAGGCUAUGGGCAUCAACGAUCUUUUGUCGUUUGAUUUCAUGGACCCGCCUCCAGCCCAGACCAUGCUGGAAGCACUGCAAUCGCUAUAUUCGUUAUCAGCCCUUGAUGAUGAAGGUCUGCUUACACCUCUCGGGCGGAAGAUGGCAGAUUUCCCCAUGGAGCCAAAGGAGUCGAAGAUGCUGAUCGCCUCCGUUGAACUAGGAUGUUCGGAGGAGAUCCUCAGUAUCGUCGCCAUGCUUUCUGUGCAGUCGGUGUUUUACCGCCCAAAGGAAAAGCAGGGCCAAGCAGACUCCAAGAAGGCCAAAUUCCAUCAACCUGAAGGCGACCAUUUAACUCUGCUCGCCGUUUAUAACGGGUGGAAGGCAUCAAACUUCUCGAACCCGUGGUGUUACGAGAACUUCAUUCAGGCGCGAAGCAUGCGGCGGGCGCAAGACGUGAGGAAGCAGCUCCUAGGCAUUAUGGACCGGUACAAGCAUGACAUCCUGAGCGCAGGCAGAGAUUUCAACCUUGUUCGCCGCGCCAUUUGCUCAGGGUUCUUCCGUAACGCUGCGAAGAAAGAUCCACAAGAAGGCUACAAGACCCUCGUCGAAGGCACACCCGUUUACAUUCAUCCGUCAUCUGCUUUAUUCAACCGCGCCCCUGAGUGGUUGGUUUACCAUGAGCUAGUAUUGACUACGAGGGAGUACUGUCACAACGUGUGCGCGGUGGAGGCGAAAUGGCUUGUGGAAGCUGCACCGCAGUUCUUCAAGGUUGCGGACGCAGCAAAACUGACCAAACGGAAGAAACAAGAAAAGAUUCAGCCGUUGUACAACAAAUACGAAAAGCCGGACGAAUGGCGGUUGUCGAAAUUUACAUUGUAUAUUGAUAAUGCGCCCGCUCAUCCUCAUACGUGUUUUCGCGUCGUUCUGGUCAAUGUCGACGAUGAAGGUGGCAUGCCCCACCAAGCUGCGUUCCAUGUUGCGACGUCGUCGAGGCAAUGCGGCAGUGUUAAUGGUGGGGUCGUCCGCUUGGACGUAGUACUUGGCAACCUCUCCCGCUUUUGUUGGGGGGGCAUUGGGGUCCGGGGUGAGCAUGAACGUCUGAGAGAAAACCCUCGCUUGGCCGUCGAUGGACUUGCUCGGUGUGGUGGCAGGGUUGCCGGAAGGACCUCGACCGUGUACGACGGUCCCAGACACCGUUACGAGAAGCGAGGGUGGUUGACUUCCUACGGCACAUCAACAGGUCAUAUUAGAGCAACUUGUUGCGAGACUUCGGAGCUCACCAGGAAUGGGAUGGCAGUCAAAGGAUUGUACUUCAUGUCUCGUGCUCGGCAUGCUUUCGAUGAGUUUCCUCAUUUCGUCAGCGCCUUGAAAAGGCUUUCCAUUCCAGCUGACCGUCGACGACGGGCGGUAGAAGUUGGAAUACAUCUGGAGGAAGUCUUAGGUCGUACGCACUCGUCUUUAGUGAGCAUCUUUGAGGAGGAAGAUGACUAUACACGAGGAUCCCACCUUGCCAAUAUGUCAUCGACCCUCCGCGUCUGUACGCUCAACUGCUGGGGUCUCAAGUUCGUUGCAAAAGACCGCAAAGAGCGCAUAGCAGCGAUAGCUCGUGUGCUCAGCGAAUCUGACUACGACGUGAUCGCUCUGCAGGAGCUAUGGGUCUCUGCUGAUUACGCCCACGUCCGUACCGCCCUCGCGAAGAAUCUACAGCAUGCAAAGUACUUUUAUAGUGGGGCACUAGGGUCGGGCCUGGCAUUGUUCUCCCGCUGGCCAAUUCUAGCAACAUCUGUCCAUCCAUAUUCACUCAACGGCUCGCCUAUCGACGUAGCCGGAGGAGACUGGUUUGUUGGGAAGGCUGCUGUCAGCGUACUCGUCGAACAUCCCGCGCUAGGGCAGUUGCAGAUAUUCAAUACACAUGAUUUAUGCCAGCUUUUUGCUAAAGGCGGGGAAUUGGGCCCUGAGCAUCUUCGGGCACAUCGUCUGAUAAAUGCAUACGAGAUCGCCAAGCUAAUAAGACAAGCUGCCCAGCUUGGCCGGAAUGUCAUUGCCAUGGGCGAUUUUAAUAGUACGCCGCAGUCGCUCCCAGUGAAAAUCAUCAUGGAACACACCGGGACGCACGACGCAUGGUUGGUGACGCAUCCGGGAGACAGUGGUUACUCGGACAAUGGAGCAGAACAUGCAGUCCUGCACCACGGAAUCACCGCUGAUUCCCCCCUAAACACGUAUGCUGAUCCAGCUCCGAAAAGCGAAUAUGUUCGUCAGCACCGGGGUAAACGCCUAGACUACAUCUUCUACCGCGGACCCCUCCAGCAUCCGGGCACGCACGUAGCAUUACCUUCUGAAGCCCAGCAAGGAGGGACCCUGCCGGCUGCAUCAAUACUUGAUCGGGCCACACUUCGAUGCGCGUCCGCUCAGGUAUUGUUGACCGGACUGGUGCCUGGACGUUCGCAUUCAUACUCAGAUCACUUCGCUCUUGAAGCCAUCUUUGAGAUCGUACCUACAUCUAUCUCGAAGUCGAGGACGGCUAAUACCACAACGGCACAGAGCUGGACUUUUUCCGAAGAUACCGGUAGCUUGGACAGCGAGGAUGUCUGGCGCGGACAACCGAGUAAUUCCAAAACGCCUAUCUUGUCGGUUGAGUCUAUCGAUGCGACGAUUCACGCUCUUACCACCGCGUAUCGGCAUUCACUCUCUACGCAUCGCCUCUACCUCGUCACGUUUGUCUGUUGUAUUGGUCUACUCAUAUGUAUCGCCAUCGGCACGGCCUGGCUGCCGGUUCCAUGGGUGAAUCCGAUCUUCAUUCUUGCAACGGUUGCGAUCAGUUGGCUGGGGACGACCAUGCUAUACAUUGGAUUUGUGUACGGCAGGAACAUAGCUCGCGUCCAAGUAGUGACGUUCCGAUGUCCAGCAGUCACUCCCAGUGAAAACGACCAAUUUUCACCUGGGAUGUGCGGGAAUGCGACGUCGGAAGCUUAUCAAGAUGACGCGUCAGGCGAGAUGCCGGGGUUCUUGGCCUUGCCUUCUCGGCCGCAACGGACGCAAACGAUCCCCGUCCCAACCGAUGCCUCUGCGCCCAAACCACGCCCCAGAAAAGCGCGUUCUGCCACGCUACCCACCCCUUCCGUUCUGCACGAACUCAAAGUGCACGGCGCGAUGCUGCGCAUGAUGCGUGCGAUGGGCAGACAUGGCAAACCGGUACACGUCGCCGUACACGAUGCGUUGCGGAAGAACAAGGGGUACGAGCUCGUGCUGUGCGGGCACAGUCUCGGCGCCGGCGUCGCUGCGCUUCUCAGUCUCGUAAUCCUGGGCAGACCCGAAGACUUGCCUCACAGUCCGCUCGAGCGGCCUCCCGGUCGGGAGAAGGGUGUCGGUCUACUGCUUCGCGCCGCCGUGCUUGACGGACGAGGCGCUCACGGUGCUCGCUGCGGACAUGGUCACGUCCUUCGUGUACUCGACGUGGUAUCGAGGCUGUCGCUGGGCUCGAUCUGCGACAUCCGGAACGCGGCGAUGUGGUUGUGCGAUGGGCAGAGUCGUGCUUCGUCCUCCAAGAAGGGUCGAGGAAAAGGGGACGAGCAAACAAACAACGUCGGGCAGAGGGACACGAAGGGAAAGGGCAGGGAGAAAGAAGCGGGGAGUCUCGCGCCGGAGGUGAAGGAGAGCAAGGGCAAGGGCUACAAGCGCGUCACGAAGCAGGGACACGAAGGGAAAGGGCAGGGAGAAAGAAGCGGGGAGUCUCGCCCGGAGGUGAAGGAGAGCAAGGGCAAGGGCUACAAGCGCGUCACGAAGCUCGGAGCCGGGCGCGCCGAGGUUGACCACGCUGUUUGCCAUGCGAUUCUUGAGGCUCUACCAUCGCCAUCGACCAUCAUGUGGUUGGACGGAAAAGCCUCGUUGGUGAAGACGCUCUUGUGGCCGGUAGACGACCCUUUCCUGACAAAGCACGCGGGGACGCGCCGGCGGCGAGAGGGAUGGUCGUUAAUGGACGAUUUGGUUAUGUAUUGGAUCGCCUUUCUACCAUCCGGGGAUACAGAGCCAGCGAGGACUAUCGUUUACAAAGCUGAUUUGGUCGCGGUUCGGAAUAUGCAAUCGCAGGAGGUUCGCUUGCAACAGUUCGUCGAGCUGAAUUAUGUCAUCCAUCGUUUGGCCGUCGUACCAAACCUUGGGUUCGCCACUGCCGAAUGGAAGAACGCUACCCUCCACUUCCGGGCGUGUAACUCAAGCGGAGCUCUCGUCCGCGAGCAGGAGAUUCCGGCUCAGGCAGCAUACGGAGAUUUAUCAAUCUACCAAUCUACCGUUUCCCUGUGUAUCACUUCAAUGGAACCCCCUGCUCCUGAGUGGUUGGAUAUUCCUUCUCAUGUUCACUAUCUUCGUCUUGAUUAUCUCGCUGGAUAUACUACCGAUUUACCCCGUGACCUCGCUGCGGACACGAUCGCCACCUGGAACAUGGAAGACGGCUCUUUGAGCAUGGUUAAGAUCCCUCAGACGCAACUAGGCAGAAUUGAGAUCGUCUUGGCCAGCAGUCUCGCGUUCAACCCUAAGGGAGCGGUUCUGUCUAGCUUUUCGACGGCACAGGACGGCGCUGGGCAACCUCUGAAAUUCUAUGAAGGACAGCACACCGAUCCGCACUCUAUAAGCAACUAUCUUGGUCAUUCAAGCACCGCGGUUGCUCGGCCCAUAGUCGUUCACAAUCACGAUAGUGGUAGUCGGAUUACCGUUUUCAGAAGCGAGAUACUAACCGGGGAUAUACCGUCAAAGGCUACAACAAGAGAUCCACCUGGGCUUCGUGAAGCCUUUCAGUAUCCCAACGAGUCCCGGACACUUGGAUUUGCGCUUUCGAAGGGACCAUCUAUCUCCGGAACGCGUGUGCUGGUGCACAAAAUGAGUCAUGACGGAUGCGCUGCGGUGUACAUGCUGGAUUUCGAUCAGGAUCUUGUUGCAUCGCUGUUGGCGAAGAGCGAUGCGGAGAGGAGGGAGUGGGAUGUCUUCCUGAAGGCGAACGGAAGUCAGAUCAAGAUCGUUACCCGGAGAUUCUAUCACAGCGUCGACGGAGAAAUAUACGACCAGGAGUACCUUUGGCCUCAGGAAGCUCCCCAGGAAUGGCAGGCGCACCUUGACACCAUUAUGAAGAGCGACUGUCGGGCGUUGAAUACGAUGAAGCGCCAGAGGAACAUCGGAGUCCCAUGCCAUUUGGCUACGUGCAAACUGCAAUUCACCUGGGAGAGGGCGUGA